AUGAAUGUUGAUGGAAUAUUGAUUGCCAAAAGCUCGAAGUCUUCAUUAUGGGUGAUAACUUUUGUCAUUAAUGAAUUAAAAAAAUCUGAAAGAUUUCGAAUACAAAACGUAUUAGUUGGUGGUAUUGCAUCAGGUCAAUCAAAACCAACUCGAAAAGAAAUGAGCGUUUAUUUACAGUCGGUCGUUAAUGAAUUAUUAACUUUAGAAAAUGAACAUUGUUUUCAAAAUUACGAUGGCAAUAUUGAAUUUCUUCGAGUUUUUCUUAUAGCAGGUUCUAUGGACAAGCCAGCUCAAGCUCUGGUCCAGAACAUUAGUGAGCCAAAUGGUGCUUAUGGCUGUGGAAAAUGUUUUCUCCAGGGCAUUACAGUGCCCACCAAAUCUGGCUCCAAAUCGAAAAUUCGCGUUUUUCCAAUACGAAGAAAUGAUGAAAUGCCAAAAGCUCGAACUAAUUUUGCAUACGAUGUGAAAUUGGCCAUACCUGAACGAUUUCGACCAACAGGAAAAGAAGCUCUUAGAGAUUUUAUGUAUGGCCAUCUUGGUGAAUGUCAUCUUCGAAGUUUACGCUAUUUCGAUAUCGGUCAAUCAUUUGCAUUUGACACAUUACACAACCUCUAUAGAGGUACUUUUAUGAGAUUACUUGAACUUUGGUUUGACACGCAAUAUCGUAAUCAACCAUGGUGUUUAAUAUCAAAAAUUGGUUUAAUAGAUGUGUCUUUAUCUAUUCACAAAUUUCUAUCGACAAUUUGUCGAACACCGCGAACACUUCUCAAAUAUAAUGAUUUUAAAGCUAGUGAAUUAAGAUGCACUUUGCUUUUUGGAUUCGCAUCGUUUUCUAUGUAUUUACCACACAAGUACUGUCGCCAUUUACUGUUACUUGUUGUAUUAGCCCAUCUAUGCGAAUCGAAAUCUACUUCUUCUGAUCAAACCUUAAAUAUCAAACGUUUAGCAAAUGAAUUUAUUUAUCAAUUUCCUUUAUUAUAUGGUGAUCGUCAAAAUGUCAUAUCAAUUCAUACAAUCACGCAUUUGCCUGAAUCCGUUGUAAAUUUCGGUGGCGUUUACAACUAUUCAACCUUUAAUCUUGAAAGUUAUCUAGGUUUUUAUAGUUUGCGGUAUUGA